AUGACUGAACAACAAGGGUCGGGAUGGCUUGGCACUCUCGACUUUGAAGAUCCGGCCACUCCUCGUGCUACUCCGAAGACAUUCACCCCUAUCACUGAAGCCCUUUCUACCUCUCCGGAAGCCGUGGGUGUCUUAGGUAGCCCAUGGUGUCCUAAUCCUAAUUGGGAGCAAGCGUGGGACGAAGCCGCGGCGAGUCUACCACCACCUCUUACUUCGUGCGGUUGGUCCCCAGCUUCAGGUGAAGCUUCAUUAACUUCACCUAGCUCGUCACAAACCUUCCGAGAGAUUGGCCUAGCUCCACUUGCAUCUUCCUUGGCCUCACCCGAGACCAUUUCAUCAAUCUAUUCCCCCUCCCCUCCAAACCCUUUUGGAGUCCUGGAGGCUGGUUCAACCCCUUCCUUGGAAAUCUCAAUCGAUACAAUUUCCACCCCGAUCAUGAAAGAUUUGGAUAAUGCGAAAAUUGUACCUCAAAUCCGACAUCAAAUGACGUUUUAUAGUCAUCGUAGUGUAUAG